GCGACUAAACAGAAAGAGAGAGAGAGAGAGAGAGAGAGAGAGAGAGAGACCAACAUGAGCCAUAGAGACAGACAAGGAAGAACAGGAGAGCAACUGUAGGAAAAGUUCGAAAGUUCGAAGCCUCCAGAACCAGAACCAGGACCUGAGGCUACAAUACAACCAGAACCAGAAUCAGGACCACUGACAGACCAGGAACAGCCCAGUUCACCAUGUCAGAACCCAUCAGAAGAAAAAGCUCCAGCAGACAGCUCCUGCAGAACCUCAUCAGGGUGACGGCCCAGCGGAGCCAGGAGGAUGCUGAGGAGGUGGAGCGGGAGCGAAGGAGAAGAGCCAGGGAGAAGGAGAGAGGAGAGGGGAGCCCCUCCUGGCCUGAGCCCCCCCAACACAACGACCUCACACAAAACACAGAGUUGGACGAGGAGCUGAAGCCCAGGUGCUGCUUGGUUCUGGAGGAGGACGAAGGCUUCAGCGACUGGAGUCACAGGUUGGAGAAUCGUGAGCUGGAGGUGACCGAUGACUGCAGGGCCCGGGUGCAGAGACUUUCAACACCACAGCGGAAACCACAGCCUGAAGAGGAGAAACAGCAGGAGGAUGAAGAGGAGGAGGGAUGUGAGCGAGGACGAAGCGGUCGGUCACAGGAAGCUUCAACAAGACCUCCAGAGAAGAUGUCCAGCAACAGAAAGGAAGUCAGGACGUCAUACAGCUCAACGGUCUUCCUGCCACAGGACGCGAGGCUGCAGCACGCCAUGGGCCAACCAGCAGACAGGACGUCCUACCUGGUGGCAGGGACGAUGAGGCCACGUGGGGGGGCCUGCAGGGUGGAUGGGGAGGUGAAGCAGGUGGAGCAUAAGGAAGAGGAAGAGAUGCAGGCUGCUCUGCAGAGGGAGUGGAGGUCAGCAGAAACCCGGCAGAACCCCAGAGAUGAAGAUGAUCAGGAGGAAGAAGAACUGAGCUUCACACAUGAAGAGAAGGAAGACCUCCACCUCAGGAGGGAGGAGAGACAGCGGGAGGAGGAGGAAGAGGAGCAAGAACACAAGAUGCCAGACAAGAGGUCAAUGGCGGGCAAGAGGAGUGAGGAGGUGAACAGAAGAUCUACAGUCUCUGUUUGCAGCAGCAGCGAAGGCGAGGUGCCGUUAAACUGCUACGGUCCCAUGAGCCCGACAUUCAAGAAACUCCUCAUUCAGUUUUACCCAGAUGAAGUGAACAGCAGAGUCUCAACAGACGGGAAAUGCACGAUCAUAGAGAGAACUGAGUCUCUGAGGAAAAGCACCAGCAACAUAAAGAAGACGUUGCCACCUGCUGCUGUUUCCAAGAUUGACAAGAAACUGGAGCAGUACGCACAUGCUCUCGAGGUCUCCUCAAAGGAAGGCAGAUCAGGCAGUCAGGUGCUGACAGACCUGACGGGUCCCCCUGAACCUGUCUCCUCCAAGAAGAACCUGUUUGAGGCCGGAGAAGCCUGGAACCAAAACGCCAUCUCAGUCACACCAUCAAAGGAUGCAGAUGGUUUAAAAGUCGGUGUUGCUGAUCUCAUCAAUCAGUGGGUGAAAGGAAGUGAAGAUGGGAGCAGGUGCAGCUCGCCCUUCAAACCAGCAGAGAGCUCCACCGGUAAAAGAUAUAAGUUUGUGGUGACGGGUCACGGCAAGUAUGAGAAGGUUUCUGUUGACAACAGCUGCAGUGAAGAUGCAAACUGCCAGUCUGCUGGAGAGUUCUAUGAAGAUUUGUGAAACACAUGCUGGACUAUGAAGAAUUUGGAAAAAAAAUCUUUGAUACUGCACACAUUUUAGCCACUAUCGCUUCACCAUUCUCUGUAUUUCAAGCUUUAGGUUGGAAAUGUAUUUAAAUCCUGUUGUAAUGACAAAUUUCCUAUGACACUUUGGUAUCAUUUUACAAAAGGUAGUGAUGCAAAUAGUGAGUCUUUUUUCUUUUUGUACUGGACAGGUAUUCAUUUUAUCCUGCGAAUAAUAAUCUUAAGAUAUAUCAGCAGUAGUACAUUUUUUUAAUACGAUGAAAUAACUUCAAUUAAACAGAUUCCUGGUGUUUGAUUCCUCAAUA